AUGCCCCAUCAAUGGGGGAUUAAUGAGAAAUCCACGAAGAGGCUUCUUGACGGUUGGCAUUCGCUGGAGUACGCGCAACUGUGCUGGUGUGGAACCGUGAUUCGAGUCGAUCAGGGAGGGUGGGGAUGGGUGGGAAAUGAACGAAACGGAGGACAGGAGGGACUGGAGGGAACCAACACCGACCAACACAACGAGGAAAGCAAGGCGUUCGGGCACCAGCGUCAGAUGGAUUCAAUUCGCUGGCCAGCACCUGAUUGUGGCUUGGAGCGAAUGAGAGCAAUUGUAGGGUGGAUGGGAUCCGUGACAGGGAUCAUGCAGCUCUCAAGUCGCACCGGGCCUCCGUUGCUGUCCUCUCUGCACAAUGACAAGAUUUGGUAG